GUCGACAUUGACUUCCGGGUCACGGCGGCGCGGGCUCUCACGUGGAGGCGGGGAACCUUGGCCUUUGGGAAUGAUCACUAAGGCUCACAAAGGAGAGGUGGGCCUUGGGCUCCCAGAGAAAAAGAAGAAGAAGAAAAAGAAAGUGGUUAAAGAGCCAGAGACUCAAUACUCCGUUUUAAACAGUGACAAUUAUUUCGCAGAGGUUUGUCCAAGAGCCACACCACCCUUGAAGGAUGUGAUCCAAGAGCAGGCACCCAGAAUGCCUCUUGUGAAGAAAAAGAAGAAAAAGAAGGGUCACAGCACCAUCUGUGAGGAGCACCUUGAACCUGAGAUCACAUUACGUGCUGGACGGACUGAGUGGUCACGCAGCCCCAGGACGCAGGCGCUUGGUCUGUCUGAGUCCCUCAGUGCAGAGAAGAAGAAGAGGAAGUCCAUGUCCCCUGGCUCAAGGGUGAAGACCUCUCCAGACCCCAGACAGGACGAGGAAGUGACCAGAGUUGGCAAGAAGCUCAAAAAACACAAGAAGGAGAAAAAGGCCAAGGAAGCUACAGCCUUCUCAGGCAGGGAUCCUUGGUUCUGCGAGUCUGGGAAUGCAUUAUAUACUCGCUCAGCUGGGAAGGAUGGCGUCCAGGAGCAGGCAGCCUCGGGACAGAAGCAGAAGCAAGGGAGUCCCAGGGAACACAGCGUGAAGAUGAAGAAAAAGAAGAAGAACAAAAUCCACUGGGAGGGAGAUCCCCCUCUGGGGCGCCCUGAGUGCUCCUGGCCCCUGGAGAGCAGCCCUACGAAAGGAAGUAAGAAGAAGGCAGUCAGAGUUGAAGCUCCAGAAUACAUCCCCAUAGGAGAUGGCCCCAGGGCCUCUGUGAAGAAGAAAGUGAAGUCCAAGAAAAGGGUGGAGCAGGCAGACGCGGAGGAGCCAGCUCUGAAGAGGAAGAAGAAGAAGAAGAGGCAGGAGAGCGAAGUAGCAGAGGAGCCUUGGGAAGAGGGUCCUGCAAGGGGCUGCACAAGGCAAGGACACCGUGUGGGAGCUGAGACCUGUGAGGGGCCGGGGCCGUCUGUGGCCGGGGAGCAGCAGGAGCCCGACACGGACUUGGAGGUGGUGUUGGAAAAGAAGGGCAACAUGGACGAGGCACAUAUAGAUAAGGUGAGGCGAAAAGCCUUGCAAGAAGAGAUUGAUCGUGAGUCGGGUAAAACGGAAGCUUCUGACACCAAGAAGUGGACAGGAACCCAGUUUGGCCAGUGGGAUACUGCUGAUUUUGAGAAUGAGGAAAAGAAACUAAAAUUUCUCAAACUCAUGGGUGGCUUUAAGAAUCUGUCCCCUUCCUUCAGUCGCCCCUCUCCCACGGUGGCCAGGCCCAACAUGGCUCUCAGCAAGAAGGCGGCCGACACCCUGCAGCGGAAGCUGCAGCAGGACUACGACCGGGCCCUGAGCUGGAAGCACAGCCGAGGGGCCGGCCUCGGCUUCUCCACCGCCCCGGCCAGAGUCUUUUAUAUUGACAGGAACGCAUCCAAGUCAAUCAAGUUUGAAGAUUAAACUCUGCUGUCUCGUCCCCCAAAACACCCAACGUUGCUUUUAUUGUUCUAUCAGGCAGAUGAAAGCCAUAGGACAGUUGUCUUGAAUCGAACUCCUGCGAAGAUUAAGGACAACUGUGUUGAUGCUUGGACAGACUGGGGUGAGGGCAGUUCCUUUCAAGACCCAGGAGAAGGUGUUGAGUGGCUGCUGUUUUGUGUGUGACGCUUCCAUUCCUGUUGAAGACAGUAUAACUAGCAGUAGCUCACACUUACCGAGUGCUUCCUGUGUGCCAGGCACUUACAUGUCUCCCCUGCAUUCAUGUAUUUAAUCGUCAGGAUUCGGAAACAGGUGCUAUUAUUAUCCUCAUCUUAGGAAAUGGGGUUCUGGGAUGAGGAAACUGGGGAUUAGGGAUAAAGUAAUAAUAUUGCCUUGGGUCACUCAAUAAGUGCCAAGUGUACUUUUGUGCCCCAAGGCCUGUGUCAACUAUUCACUACACUGAAUGUCCCCUCUAGGGAAUUUCACCCAAAGUACUCAUUGGGAUUAAAAUCUUUUGAUUGAAGAAACAGAGGCAUAUUACAUGUCUACAUCUCAAACAGGAAGUGGGAUUAAUGUAUAUGGGCAAGAGCAAGCUUGUUCCCCUCCCCCUUGUUGGAGUAGCCACAAGCAGAGAGCAUUCCCACCAAACAGAUGUGGCUGAGCUGCCUCUGCCGCUGGGAAACUUGUUUCUAAACCCAUCAUGCCUUCUGCAGUCUGUGUUCCUUCCAUCCCCAGGGCUGUGCUGGGAUUUAAUCUUCCUGCUUUAACUGGAUUCUGAGCAAGGCAUUUAAGAGAGCAAUUGGCUAAUCCACAUGCACGAAUGGCACGUUCAUUCCCAGGGACGUGUUUAUUGGAUUCUUUCCAACCACAAGGAAGAGAAUCCUAAGUGACUUCCAUAGCGGAGGUCGAAUGUCAGGAGGCACAGAGAUGGUGACAGGGCGCUGCCUCAUCAGCCUGGGAACAGUGUUUCCAAAGCCUUGAUGCUGCAGCCAGCCUCACAAACUCCCGGUACCGCCCUCCCAAGUGACAUGUGACUACCUGCUCUCCAUUCAGCUAACAUUGUGCUUCCCAGAAUGUAAGUUCUGCAUGGGCCUUUUUCACACCACUUGGCUUGAACUCCCCCGCCAGACAUGCUAUCUCAGCCAGGAAAUUCAGUCUCACAUGGAAGGGGGAGUCCUGUGUAGGGAGUUGAUUCAGCUUCCCAUGAAGGAAACAAAUGCUUCCUCUCUGCUCUACCAUCCUACCCUGGCUUUAUCAGCUUCUUGGAAAGAUGGCUGUAGCAAUUCCAUGCAGCAAAUCAAGACACUGGACCAUUCCAGAGGGAGAAGAGAAAGCUGCUUAUGGUUCAAGGAAACUUCCAGAAGCCAUUUUGUCAUAACUCAUUGCCCAGCAUUGGGUGCCCAGCGUUGCCCGUCCAUUCUUGAGCCAGCCUGGCAUGUAGAGGGAAAUUUUCAGGCCAGUCAGGGAGACAGGUUCAGAUGCUGGCAAGGUGAGUGUGGGUCCACUACUGCCCCAGCGGGCAGAGAGGAGGCCGGUCUGCCUGGGCCCUGGCCAGCAACCAUUGGCCAGGUCUAGAGUCCCGCAUACCUGUGAUGGCCGUGAUUCUGGUGGGCCACCUCCCUCAGAACCUGAACGUGGCCCUCCAUGGAUUCAAUCUUGAGAUACAUAACAGAAGGGGCCUACACGGUAAGGUUCUGCAUUGAGUUAGCUCUUCAGGGCAUGUCCUCUUCCGACAGGGGUGGUCUUGAUUCACCCUACAGGAACUUGGCCCAGUGUGAAAGGACCAACCACGUCUCUGAUCCCUGUGUCUUGCUGAGAGCUCACAUCACAGUUUGGGCCUGCAUGGCUGUCAGGAAGGACCAUGCUCACCCAUGUACUGUGUGAUUCUGGAGAGUGGAUGAGCAGUUGUCCCCCACCUGUCCCCAUCAUGGUCCUUCUCGUUAGGGGUGUGAUGGUCAGGCCAUGCCCCUCUUGCCGUUCAGUGUGUACAGUCUCUCUGUGAUAGGAUUUGACUUUCUAGCACACUGUGGCUGAAGAGUUCCACUUGGCUUGGGAAGUUUAUUAGCCUGUUCCUGAAGCAGGGUCUAAGCAGAGAAGGUUGGACAGCCAAGACGGCAGGAUGCCAGGUGUCCUCAGAUUGAACUUAGCCUUGUCUCGGCUGCUCUCGUAGGUGCAGACCAUGCUGCUCUAGUGACGGCUCCAGCUCUGAGGUUAACUGGACCUCUCUGUCCUUUUGUAAACUGAACACUGUCUUGAGUCACCCCUCUCCACUUUGCCCCAUGUCCUGGGUCCUCCUCAAGCUUUCUGCAAGGUUUUUUUUUUGGUGUGAUUUUCCAUGUUCAUUUGUUGAUUCUGUGUAGCACACAGCCUGUCUCCACUGGAACAAAGCAGUUUUUGGAUUUUUUACUCAGAAUCUGGGAGAGGUGGGUGGGGGUGUCUGGUAUGUAAGCACAGCCAAGGUUUUAGUUGAAUAUAUAACCACCCUGUUCUCAAGCACGUUGGCCUUUUCUCCCUUGGGGAUUUCUCACAGACUGACCCUCCUAUGUAUGGCAAGGGCCUUCCCUCCUUACAAUUGCCUUUAUCCAGCUGUUCCCCAAACCUCAGGAUUCUUAACCACUUUAUUCCUUGAGGUGAUUUCCUGUUUCCCACUAAGUUCCUCCCUGAGGCCACCCUUCUGCAUCUAGAUUGGCCCAUCAAAAGUAUUUGCCGGAUUAGAGUUCUUCCCUUAAAAAUUGUGUUUAGCUCUACAAACAGAACUGUUCAGGUUCUAUGCAUUCCCCCAACCCCCCGCCCAUCCCAGUCCUCAUUGGAACCUGUUAAUAUGUUGUGAUAAAACAACAGGAGUUUAAGGUAGCAGAUGGAAUUAAGGUUGCUAAUCAGUAGUAUGAUUUGACUGGGUCUACCCAGAUAAUCCAGGAUUAAAAGUAUCAACAGAAGACACAGACAGAAGACUCAAAAGAGAUUUGUAAGAGACACUCAACAAGCUGUCACUAGUUUGAAGACGAAGGAACCCCAUGCCAAGGCAUGUGGGCGGCCUCUAGAAGCUGGGAAAGGCAAAAAAAAAAAAAAACGAUUCUCCCUAAAGACUCCAGAAGAAUGCAUCCCGGCCAACACCUUCAUUUUGAAGGAAAAGCCACUGGACUUCAGACCAGUAGAGCUGUAAGGUGAUAAAACUGACAUUUUAAACCCCUAAGUGUGGCAGUUUAAAGCAGCAAUAAAUUAAUACAGGUUUCACGCAGAAGUUUUCAUUUUUACCUUAUUUCCUAAAAAUUUUCUUUUUCUUCUGGUUCCAUCAUUCUUCACAAUUGUAGACCUCACGCCAUGUAGGCCACAGUCUUCAGAGACUGGCUAAUUUAGUUAACAGGCUGGGGAACCCACACGAGAACACUGAAAAUCUCAGCUUUCACCUGGGCCAGGGUGAUGCGUGAAUCAGAAGCUGCUUUGGUGUAACGUAUCCCUGACCUAAUGUGAAAGUCCAAGUCCAGGUUAAUGGAAGAGCAAUAGAAAUUUAGGCUUGACUCGGGCUUGGGCACUGAUGCCAUCUGGUGUAUAUAGACUCAAAAUAGAAGAAAUGACUUAAAAGUGCAUAAUUUGAGUUUGCCAAUUGAUUUUUCAUUUGAACAAUAUCAUAUGGUAAAAGUGGUAUAGGAAAUGAUUUUAAUGGAAUAAUCUUGUGUAAUAAAGGCCA